AUGAAUUAUUUCCCUUGCCCCAUUCAUAAUGGACAUGUGCUUUCCAUCAUCUGCACUGAUAAAUCUUGUAAUGAGACUGUAUUAAUUUGUCCUCUUUGCGAACAUGCAGAUCAUCAGAAUCAUCAAACUUUGCCAAUCAAAAUCAUGUUGCAAUUAGUCGAGACUGCUCAUAAUAAUACUGGCGAGUAGAAUUAUAACAGCAUCUUCGAUGUCUCGCUCUUUCUAGAUCGAUAGCAUAACGAGUGUUUGCGAACUGUGCAAAAAUUCAUUGAGGCAUUGGAGAAUACAUCGAAAUAGUUAAUUAAGAAGUUGGAUACCUAUUAUUUGGAUCUCAAAAAUCAGCUGAAAGCCUUUGCUAGUUCUAAGAUCCCAAUCCACUAUCUUUUAGACUCAGUCUCCAGCUACACUGAUUUUCAACAAUACAAAAAGAAUAUUCAAUAAAUUCUAUAAUAAUUCGUCUUCAGUAAUGGAAUAGCGAGUAGACAGAGCAUUGAUUCUGCAAUUAUGAAUGCAUGCAAAAUUCAGGUUGGACAGCUGAAUGAUCAAUUGAUCGAUUUACAAAAUGAGUUGGACGUGAAAGUUGAGAACCUGGGUAAUUUUGCAAUCAAUUUCAUUUUCAUUUUCUCCCGCAAUUUAAGGGUGCCAACAUUACCAAUAUCAGGACAAAACUUGAUUGCUGAAUAGAAGACUUCUGAAUCCAAUGGACAGAGAUUUACUAUUUGCGAACCAUGCAUUCCGAAGAAUGGAGUCUUCAAAUUUGGUUUCAAAGUAAUUAAAUAUGCUGGCUGGAUUGGAGUUGGUGUUUGUCAUAGAGAAGUGAUUGUGAGUGCUAAUUAUAAGUUCAAUUAUACUAAUAUUGGUCAUGGAUCCUAUCUCAUAUCAAACAAUGCAUACUCAUGGUCACACCUCUAGAAAGACUUGAAUUCGGCCCAUAAAUCAUUCGAUUUUGGAGUUGGAGACAUCAUCGUGAUAGAAGUGGACAUCCCAAAAAAGAAAAUCACUUGGCAGAAGAAGAAAACAGAGAUUAAAUUUGUAAUCACCAAUAUUAAAUAACAAUAGACCAUGAAUUUGGAUACUAGUUAAGAUUUAUAUCCAUGUGCUAAUCUAUGUAGUCCUGGAGAUACUGUAGAAAUCAUAAAUAAGGUUGAAGCUUGA